AUGAAGCUGUUGUUACUGGUGACUCUGGUGGGGCUGGUGAGGUGUCAGUCCCAGGGUCCUACUGACGGCCAGUGUGUGUUGAAGGUUGACGACACCCGCGGUGGAAGUCAAUACUACUUCUCCUGGAAACACGAUGGUGGCAAGGACUACACUGGUACUGCUGCCGCCAGCUUGUGUUCCAGUCUGGGUAGCGGGUGGCAGGCUGUGGGUAUCAGCUCCCAGGAAGAACUCAAUUACAUCCAUAGCAUUAUUGAAGGAGAGAGACUGGACUACGUCUGGACUGGUGGCCAGAAAUCUGGGAGCAUCUUCAAGUGGCUGAAUGGCGAGCCUUUCAGUGUUACUGGCUGGUCACACACCGGAGGACUCCGCAAACCUCAGCCAGACAACCGUGAAGGUGGCAAGGAGAACUGCCUGGCCAUCCUCAACAACUUCUACAAGGAUGGCAUCAAGUGGCACGACGUAGCCUGCCACCACCUGAAGCCCGUCAUCUGUGAACGUCGAGCUUAAUGCCACCUGCCACCUGCAUAAUUUAUCACCUCUCCCCUCACUUUCUCUCACCCAUCUCUUCAGAGUUUCUCACUGAAUCUCUCGCUUCUGGAUGACUGUGAGAUUCGAGCAUAACUCUAACUCUGAAUAGUAUCUCUCUCUCUCUCUCUCUCUCUCUCUCUCUCUCUCUCUCUCUCUCUC